AUAUCUGCGCCUGCGCGGUGCGGCUGCGGGGCCAGUCGGGACGGAGGAGACAAGAUGGCGCUGCGGGCGAUGAGGGGGAUCGUGAACGGGGCCGCGCCUGAGCUACCAGUACCCACCAGCGGGCCCCUGGCUGGGUCUCGAGAGCAGGCGCUGGCAGUUAGCCGGAACUACCUCUCCCAGCCUCGUCUCACAUACAAGACAGUAUCAGGAGUUAAUGGUCCAUUAGUGAUCUUAGAUCAUGUUAAGUUUCCCAGAUAUGCUGAGAUUGUGCACUUAACACUACCUGAUGGGACGAAGCGGAGCGGGCAAGUUCUAGAAGUUAGUGGUUCCAAAGCUGUGGUUCAGGUAUUUGAAGGGACCUCAGGUAUCGAUGCCAAGAAAACGUCCUGUGAGUUUACGGGGGAUAUUCUCCGAACGCCAGUGUCAGAGGAUAUGCUUGGUCGGGUGUUCAACGGGUCAGGGAAACCCAUUGACAGAGGUCCUGUUGUCCUGGCUGAAGACUUCCUAGACAUCAUGGGCCAGCCAAUCAACCCUCAAUGUCGAAUCUAUCCAGAGGAGAUGAUUCAGACCGGCAUUUCGGCCAUUGAUGGCAUGAACAGUAUUGCUCGGGGGCAGAAGAUUCCUAUCUUCUCUGCUGCUGGCUUACCGCACAAUGAGAUUGCAGCUCAAAUCUGUCGCCAGGCUGGUUUGGUAAAAAAAUCCAAAGAUGUAGUGGACUACAGUGAGGAAAAUUUUGCGAUUGUAUUUGCUGCUAUGGGUGUAAACAUGGAAACUGCCCGAUUCUUCAAAUCUGACUUUGAGGAAAAUGGCUCAAUGGACAACGUCUGCCUGUUUUUGAACUUGGCUAACGACCCAACUAUUGAGCGAAUUAUCACUCCUCGAUUGGCUCUAACCACGGCCGAGUUCCUGGCCUAUCAGUGUGAGAAACAUGUAUUGGUUAUCCUAACAGACAUGAGUUCUUAUGCUGAAGCACUUCGAGAGGUUUCAGCAGCUAGGGAAGAGGUUCCUGGUCGACGAGGUUUCCCAGGUUACAUGUAUACAGAUUUAGCCACAAUAUAUGAACGCGCUGGUCGAGUGGAAGGUCGAAAUGGCUCUAUUACUCAAAUUCCUAUUCUCACCAUGCCUAACGAUGAUAUUACUCACCCGAUCCCUGACUUGACUGGAUAUAUUACAGAGGGGCAGAUCUAUGUGGACAGACAGCUACACAACAGACAGAUUUACCCACCCAUUAAUGUGCUGCCUUCCUUGUCGCGGUUGAUGAAGUCUGCUAUUGGAGAAGGCAUGACCAGAAAGGAUCACGCCGAUGUGUCUAACCAGCUGUAUGCAUGCUAUGCUAUUGGUAAGGAUGUACAAGCCAUGAAAGCUGUCGUUGGAGAAGAAGCCCUUACCUCAGAUGAUCUUCUUUACUUGGAAUUCCUGCAGAAGUUUGAGAGGAACUUUAUUGCUCAGGGUCCUUAUGAAAACCGCACUGUGUAUGAGACUUUGGACAUUGGCUGGCAACUGCUCCGAAUCUUCCCCAAAGAAAUGCUGAAGAGGAUCCCUCAGAGCACCCUGAGCGAAUUCUACCCUCGAGACUCUGCGAAGCAUUAGCUGCUACUUCAUCGCUGGCUCGAUGCUCUUGUGAAGUACUGGUUCUGUUUUCUUUAUUCCUUUUGCACUCCCCCAUCCCCACCUUUGUGUUGGAGUUUACUGUGUUACCCUGUAAUUAAAAACAAAGACUAGGUAA